CUCUCCCGCAGCAGCGAUGGGGGCCGCGCUCUCCCCCUCCGCUGGCAGCGCUGCCCCCCAGCAGCAGAGGAAGGCUGGCGGUGACGAUGACGACGACUUACUCGGCAGCGGGGACCGCAAGGAAGACAUCGCCAAGUUCCCCUACGUGGAAUUCACGGGGCAGGACAGCAUCACCUGCCCCACCUGCCAAGGCACCGGCUGCAUCCCCACGGAACAGGUGAAUGAGCUGGUGGCUCUCAUACCCUACAGCGACCAGCGGCUACGCCCGCAGAGAACGAAGCUCUACGUCCUGCUGUCGGUGCUGCUCUGCCUCCUGAUAUCAGGACUGGUCGUUUUCUUCCUGUUCCCCCACUCCGUCCUGGUGGAUGACGGUGGCAUCCAAGUGGUUCAAGUCUGGUUCGACAAGAAGAACUCCGUUGUCGUUCUUGCCAUCACGGCCACCUUACGGAUCAGGAACUCCAACUUCUACUCGGUGACGGUGACCAGCCUGACCAGCCAGGUGCAGUACAUGAACACCGUGGUGGGGAGCCAGCAGAUCGCCAACGUCUCCAGCAUCCAGCCCCUGAGCGACAAACUGGUGAAUUUCACGGUGAAGGCGGAGAUGGGCGGACCUUUCUCUUACGUGUAUUUCUUCUGCACGUUUCCCAAGGUGAAGGUGCAUAACAUAGUCAUCUUCAUGAGGACAUCGGUGAAGCUCUCGUACAUCGGGCACGUGACGCAGAGCGCUUUGGAAACCUACCACUACGUCGACUGCAGCACCAACUCCACGGCCGCCCCGGAUCCGCUGCCUCUGCCAGCCCCCUCGACGCGAAGCGCGGCCAAAGCCAAGAGCGAGCCCUGAGCUCGCUGCUGCUGUUCCCUGUGAGCGAGGAGGGGUUCCCCCUGCAAAAUCUGUAGCUGGACACUUUCAAACGGAAGCAGAAGGGAUUGUGACUGACUUUGGGGGACACCUGGAAGCUCCGGGUCCCUCUUGCACUCUCUGGCAUGCAGCUGGGCUGCACUGCUGGCCUGUCCCUCAAAUCCACUUCGGGUGUUGUUCGUGUGCAGGCAAAGGGGUCCCUUCCAGAGGAAGGGGCCUGCUGGGCCUGCCUUCCUCCGCCGUCCCAAAGAACUGGGGUUUGGGUAGGGAAACCGGGCUCUCAAGCUCCGUGCUGUGUGGUCCAAGGUUUUUGCAGCUGUUCUGAAGCUUAGCACUGUACCUGGUCCUUCCAGAGCAAACUGAAGAGUUCUCAGCAAUUAAUUUAUUCCAGUUUUGCUCAGAGGCAGCGUGUCCCUGGCAUGUUUCAAAGCAGAGCUUGACUUAAAGGGAUGAAGCUUUGCCAGGAACGCACAGGCAAGGCGUUCAGGCUUUCACCUGUGUAACUUGCAGUAGGAGGAGGGAAAGGAACUGAAACCAGCAGGGCACGCUUUCUCCCUUG